GCCGUUCGUCAAACUGUCAUCUACACCCUAAAAUGCAAGCGCUGUAACGUUUUCUACACGAUUCAAAAAGAGGAUAGGGUGUAAUCUCUUGGAAUGGCGACAGCAUCAGUCAGUGAAGCAGAUCCUCCAAGCUCCGUUGCCUCUCAGGUACCUUUUUGCCACCUCUGUUCAAUUUUGGAGAAAAUACAAAAGGCCAAGCUUAGACCAGAGAAAGCUAAGUGUUUGAGAGACUUCAUGGAUUCAUGGCGAAAGUUCCAUGCUGCUCUCCACAAGGAUAACCCAAACACCACAGAUUCUUUCUAUCCGGCCAUGCGGCUCAUAGUUCCCCCUUUCGAGAGAGAGAGGAUGGCCUAUGGCAUAAAGGAAAACAUGCUUGGCAAACUUUACAUUGAAGUCUUAGGCCUACCAAAGAAUGGUCCAGAGGCAAAUAAACUUCUCAAUUACAGAGCUCCAACUACAUCUCAAGGGGAAGCGGGAGACUUUGCUGUUAUGGCCUACUUUGUGUUGAAGAAAAGGUGUACAAGUCAGGGGAAUCUAACUAUUAAGGAUGUCAAUGACUUCUUGGACUCAGUUGCCAUCAGCAAUGCGGGGAAACAGAAGGACCUUGUCAAAAAGAACCUGUUGCACUUGAUCACCCAGAGCUCAGCCCUGGAGCAGAAGUGGCUCAUCCGCAUGAUCCUGAAAGACAUGAAGCUUGGUAUGAGCAAGGAGACUGUUCUCCAGGUCUUUCAUUCUGAUGCGCCAGAGCUCUACAAUGUCACCACAGACCUGGAGAAGGUAUGCAGGCAGCUGCAUGAUCCCUCUGUGUCCCUCAGUGAGGUGUCCAUCGGACUAUUCUCAGCCUUCAGGCCCAUGUUAGCCGCUGUGGCUAACAUCAAGCAGGUGGAGAAACAGAUGAACUAUCAGAGCUUCUACAUUGAAACCAAGCUGGAUGGUGAACGCAUCCAGCUGCACAAAGAUGGGGAUGUGUACAAGUAUUUCUCCCGGAAUUCAUAUGAGUACACACAACAGUUCGGGGUCUCACCGCUACAGGGAUCCCUGACACCCUUCAUUCACAAUGUCUUCAAGCCCCACGUUGGGAACUGCAUCCUGGAUGGUGAGAUGAUGGCAUAUAAUCCCAGUACUGAGACUUUCAUGCAAAAAGGAACUAAAUUUGACAUUAAGAGGCUUGUUGAUGACUCCGAGCUGCAGACCUGUUUCUGCGUGUUUGAUGUUCUUCUCGUUAAUGACCAGAAGUUUGGACACGAGCCGCUAAGGAAGCGGUAUGACAUACUUCAGACCAUCUUUACCCCAGUAAAGGGUCGAAUACACCUGGUACCCAAAACGGAAGCCAGAACUAUGCAGGAAGUGGUGGAUGCCCUCAAUGAAGCAAUUGACAAUAGGGAAGAAGGUGUUAUGGUAAAGGAUCCCAUGUCUAUCUACAAGCCAGAUAAGCGAGGUGAGGGAUGGCUGAAGAUUAAGCCAGAGUAUGUGGAUGGUCUGAUGGAUGAACUUGACUUAUUGAUCCUGGGGGGCUACUGGGGUAAAGGCAGGCGAGGUGGGAUGAUGUCCCAUUUCCUGUGUGCAGUUGCUGAAACUCCCAAACUAGGAGAGAAACCAUCUGUAUUUUACUCUUUUUGCCGCAUUGGUUCAGGAUACACUAUGAAGGAGUUGUACGAACUAGGCCUGAAACUGGCCAAACACUGGAAGGUAUAUCGUAAAAAUGAUCCCCCAGAAUCAAUUCUGUGUACCGCAGAGAAACCAGAGGUUUAUAUUGAUCCUUGCAACUCCGUGGUCAUUCAGGUCAAAGCAGCUGAAAUAGUCGACAGUGACAUGUAUAAGACAAACUGCACGCUGCGUUUUCCAAGGAUAGAGAGGAUAAGGGAGGACAAGGAAUGGCAUCAGUGCAUGACACUGGCAGAUCUGAAUGAGUUCCGGAGCAAAGCCUCAGGAAAGCUGGCAUCAAGGCAUCUGUACAUCAGUGACAGUGAGCCGGACAGAAAGAAGCGAAAGCUGCCAGCAAAGACUAAGAAAGCGGUUGGGAUCAUUGAGCAUUUCAAGGCUCAGGACUUGUCCGGUGUGACAAAAGAGUCAGACAUAUUUGAGGAUGUUGAGUUCUGCAUCUUGAAUGGGAGUGAAGAGCACUCCAAGGCCGAUCUGGAGAAAGGUGUGGCUAGAUUCGGGGGCAUUGUGGUCCAGAAUCCAGGCAAGGACACUUACUGCGUCAUUGCAGCUGUGGAGAAUAUGAGAGUGAAAAACCUGAUUGCUGCCAACCAGCACGAUGUAGUAUGGGCCACAUGGCUGCUGGAGUGCCUGGAACAGAAACAGCUUGUACCUUGGGAACCUAAUCACAUGAUCCACAUGUCUCCACCCACAAAGGAGCACUUUGCAAAGGAGUACGACCAGUUUGGUGACAGUUAUUAUGUCAACACAGAUGAGGACCAGUUGAAAGAGGCCUUUGGGAGGAUAAGCACUAAGGAAGCAGAUGUGCCCUCCUUAGCAAAUCUGGAGGCACGGUACAGUUUGGAUGACCUGCCUACUUGCAUGUUCAGGCCCUUUCGAGCGUAUCUUGACCACUGCGCUGAUAUUGGAGACCCCAAGAGCUUCAUUCAGUCAACGUGCUUGCACACGCGAGCAUUGGAAUUUCGUUUCCAUGGGGGAAUCGUGGAGUCCAAGCUUAUAGAAGGGGUCUCUCAUGUCAUUAUUGCUGAGGAGACUAGAGUUCUUCAAUUAAGAACUCUCAGAAGACUCUUUGCUAAGAAGUUUAAGAUUGUGAGAGAGUCCUGGGUGAGAGAUUCUAUUAAAGCAGGGCACCUGCUGAAUGAUAAUGACUACCUUGUGUAACAUCCACAGACAUUACAUAAUACCCGGUGUUCUUUCCCUGCAGGAGGGUCAUUGCUGUUAGUCGCAGAAUUGUGGGGCAGUGCUUUUGGUCAUUCCUUUGCUCAUAAUGGCAGACUUGUGAUGCUCCUCAUGAUGUGCUGAUGAGGGGGAAGGGAGAACAGAUGCAGGUAUUUAGGUAGACAUGGAGCCCUUUAGGAACUGAGUGGUAGAAAGUGGAUUCUAAGGUGCUGGCUUAUAGUGAGUGCGUAUCAGUACUUCUGCCAACAUAGACAUUGCAGGUACAGGUUUAACCUCUUGUUGUUUUGUUCUAAGUUUUACCUCCAGUACUAUUUGGUAACUGCUAAUCAUGUGAAACUGAACAGAAGCAGUUGUUUUUAAUGUCUGUCUCUUGUUCUGAAGUGCUUUAAAUAUAGUAUAGCCAGAGAUCAGCAAGGGGCGGGUAUAAUCACCAGCUCCUCUUGAGCAAUUAGGCCACAUUUUUCUUGAGAUAUCUCUUUGCUGGAACAUUACAACUCAGAAGGACACCAUAUUGAUCACACAGUUUACACUGUAUCUGGGAAUCAGGCCGGGGGGGGGCGGGGGGGGGGGCACUUCUUUUCAUAUGUAAGCAUUUUAAAUAUUUCAGUAAAAUCUAAUGCAUCCAUUAUUAUUGCAUCUGCAUAAUGUUUUAAAACUAUCUAGAACUGUGUGUCUAGUGUGGUGGAUAAUGUUAAGGGCUUUUGGCUUUCCUGGGGAACGGGCCUUCUUGUUAUCUGUUCAGAACAAUACUGCACCACAUAUCUCAGACAUGCAUGUUUGAAGAGCUCAAACUCCAACUCUGUGUGAAGCUUCAUAGUAAGCUAUGCUCAAAUUGCUUUCAGCAGCUGUACUACAGUAUUCCAUAUUGAAAAAAAUGAUUAGCUGUGGGGGUUUUUACAUCAGAAUCAGAAUCAGAUUUUAUUGGCCUAGUAUGUUAGCACACACAAGAAAUUUGGUUCCGGCCGUUGGUGGAUCUCAGCAGUACAGACAAUAUACACUAUAUACAGACACAAUGUACAUCUUAUUUACAGACAAAAUACAAAAUAUACAAGCAAUAUACAGAUAAUAUAAAAGACAAAAAGUAUAUACAUGAAGUGCAAGUGUGGAAGUAGCCAGGUUUGAGUAACCGAAAGCACAGAGAAUAAGCAAAAACAAAGAAAGUACUAGAGAGCGCUGUACUGAGGCUGCCAUCCGCGGCGCCA